AUGAUAGCCACUGAAAAUGGAGGUUGGGUCAAAGGACAAGGACAAGGCACACCUACUGGAACGGGGACGGGAACAGGCACCACCAUGUCAACAGUGUCUCAAACUCGAAGUCCAAUCAACGCUCCAUCACCAACAUCUGGUGCAACAAAUCCUUAUUUGGAUGGAAGCCUUGGUGCUAUGAUCGGUAUUGCAGCUUUUUUGAUGGCUUGGGCUUAA